GCCGCAGCCACACAAAGAGGCGCCGGGCCGGCCGGGAGCGCCGCGGGAGGGCACGGCGAGGGACCGGGGCGGCGGCGGCGGCGGGGAGAGCGGCUCCAGGCAGGAUGCAGGAUGCGGAGGAUCUGACACUUCUUGGAAACUCUUGGAAAUGGCUCCCGCCCCGGCACCGUAGGGGGCUGCGCAUCCCGGGCGGGCGCUCGCCCCCGCUGGGCUGCUGAGCCGCGCUCGGAUGGAGGGCCCCCGAGGCGCUGUCCCUGCGCUCCGCCGUCGGCUCGGGCUGAAAAAGUUUCUCCAUGGUUCCUUUGUGUAGCCCGAGCGCCCGUUCGCUGGCCGCGAGCUGCCCCAGUCUUCCCGGCGGGAGGAGGUGGCGGAGCAGCUAGUGGGCAGCUGGUGCCCCCCCGCCCCCAGCACAGGCCUCCGCCCCAGGGGCUAGCCCCGCACUGCACCCGCUCGCCAUGAUCGCCACCGGCGGCCUGCUGAGGAUUUCCGCCAGAAAGCAGGAUCCCCUCCGCCCCCCGAGCCAGGUUCCCAAGCGCAAGCGGAAAGCCAGGAAGAGGCGCAAGAACGACGUGGUGGUGGUGAAAGGCAAGCUGAAGCUGUGCUCCGUCUCCGGGCUCAUCGCCCUCUGCGGGAUCCUGGUGCUGCUGGUGGGCAUAGCCUUGGCGGUGGUGGGCUACUGGCCCAAGGCCAACGGGACCAAUAGGGAGGGGGGUAAGCAGCUGCCGCCUGCGGGCAGCGGCCACCGCGUCCCCACCAUGACCAACAGCAGCAGCAGUGGCAGCAGCAACCGGUCCAGGAAGCAUCCGGGGCCUCCGGAGGGUGUCACCGCCAGUUCCGUGGGCGCGCCCAGGAGCACGCCUCCAGCACGGUCCCCCGCGCCCUCUUCGUCCUCCUCUACGUCCGUGGGCUUCUUCUUCCGCAUCUUCUCCGGCUACCUGCACUCGGACAAGCUCAAGGUCUUUGGGCCCCUCAUCAUGGGCAUCGGCAUCUUCCUCUUCAUCUGCGCCAACGCAGUGCUCCAUGAGAACCGGGACAAGAAGACCAAGAUCAUCAACCUGCGGGACCUCUACUCCACCGUCAUCGACGUGCACAGCCUCCGCGCCAAAGACCUGGCGGCCGCAGCGGCUGCUGCCGCCGCCGCCGCCGCCUCCUCGUCCUCCGCCCCCGCCUCGGCGCCCCCAGGGGCCGCGCCGCUGAACGGCUUCCUCAGCUACGUGCAGUCGCGGGGCCUGGAGCUGAAGCCCGGAGGCUGCGGCGGCGCCGGGGACGCCUUCGGGGCGACGGCGAUGCUGGGCAGGGGUGCGUGGCCCCACCCCGCGGCGCUGGGCGGGGGCGGGGGCGGGGCCCGGGGCGCCGCGUCCCCCCAGGACCUGGCCUCGUCCCCGCGCCGCCCGCGGGAGCCCCAGAGCCUGGCGGAGGCCGUGUACAGCAUCUACCGCGAGCGCUCCGGCGUGGCCGGCCGUCGCCGGGCCGCCGCGGCCGCCAGCAGCAGCAGCAGCCCGGCGCCCUGCAGCCCCCCCGAGAGCUGGGGGCGCCAGAGCACCGCCAGCUCCCUCGUGGGCUCCUCGCUGAGCGCCUUCGCGCUGCUGCCCCCGCCGGGGGACCGCGACGGGGACGGGGACGCAGCGGGCGCGAGCCGCGGCUGGCAGCGGCCGCCCGGGGAGCGCGGCUCCCGGGAGAUCCCGCGGGGCGAGCUCGACCUGAGCUUGACCGACCUCCGCGGCGCCCGGGGCGGCGCGCGCUGGGCGCCCCGCGAGCCGGAGAAGCCGGCGGGCGCGGCGGCCGCGCGCACCGCCAGGGGGCAGGGUGGCCGCCUGCCCAGGACCAGCAGGUACGCGGCCCUGCGACGCCGCAGCACCAGCGGGCUCCCGGACUACCGGGCGCCCUCGUCCCCCGAACCCCCGCCCGCCUCGCGCAGCGCGGACCUGGACUCGAGCGUCCUGGCCCCAGCUGCCUCCCCCGAGCCCCCGCUUCGGCGGGAGCGCUCGCCCCCCGCCGGGCCGGACUCGCCGAGCUCCCAGUCGGAUGACCCGUCCUGCAGCAAUAAGGGCUACACCCCCCUGCGGGAGGCCGGCACCUCCCUGGAGUCGGUGGUGGACCCGGUGGCUGGUGAAAGUCCAGACGGUGAGGCCGCCACCUCCCCGGGGGCGGAGCAGAGCCCCCCGGAGGGUCCCGGCCAGGAGCCCAUAGCGGGCGAGCCCCCCCAGCGUGUGCAGAGGCAGUUUACAAACGAGGAGAAACUCUUCAUGAUUUCCCGAUCUCACGCCCCAGGGGUCGAGGACGGAGAACUGGAAACUACUGGCAUUUAGGGAAAGAGGAGGCGAGAAAAGAGUGAGAAAAUAGGAGAAACGCCCGCUUGAAGCAGUGAGCUUAACAGUUCCCUCUGUCCUUGGGGAUUUAUCCGAGGAAAUCGUCCACUACCCAAAGAGCUGCAGAAUGUUAGCCUUGAAUUGAGUUCACGAGAUUCCUGUAGAUACUCCAAGCAAUUUUUUAAAACAAAAGCAAACUAGUCUUCUAUGUCCGAUGGUGAUUGUAUGUUCUAUGAAAACCAAAUGUAUUAAAAGGUCAGCAAUCUAGUUCACGAGAUAAAAUUCUCUUAAUUUUCUUAGGAUCAAAAUAAUAUAUUUUUGACAGUAACUGUGCACUUUACUCCAACUUUUUUUUUUGGAUCCCUAAUUUCCCUAACCUGUACUCUGCCGCUGGUUUUGUCCACAGCUGCUUGUGAAUGACAAGCUUUUUGCCUCCUAUGCUUUUGUGGAGCAUAGAAGGGUCUGUCUCAGUUCUCUGAGAACUGAUAUUACGAAAUGAAGUCAAAGCCAAAAGCAUGAGUUCGUCGGGAAAGAGCACUUUCCUUGCCCCACCCCACUCUGCUCAUCCAGUUGCCCAAAGGCCUCUCUAUUUUUGAAAAGGGAAUUUACAUUUUGCUACUAGGGCGUCUAAUGGAGACCAGAGGGGGCCAGCACCUAGAUGGACUGUUACAUUCCUAAAUUCACUAUAUCAAGUACACGAUACUUUAUG